AUGCUGUAUGUGCUGAUAGAGGCAGAGAGGGCCCAGAUCAAGAAACAGCAGAAAGAGGAUGAAGUGAUAAACCUGAAGUCUAGAAUUAGCUCAGAAAACAGAGGAGGCUGGAGGACUAAGGGAUCUGGCAUAGAUGUACUUGGGCAACACCUCACCAAGGAACCUAUUGCUUCCCUCUCCCAACCCCUGAUACAAGAUUCAGAAUGGUUCACGCUGAAUCCACAGGAGAAAUUGGCCUGGGCUAAAGCAUCUAAAGAUCCUAGGAUUGCUGCAGGUCAACAGUCCCCACUGGAGAAAAAGAUCUUGAAUCUAGGUGGUGUGCAUACAACAGCAGCAAGACAACUGAUAAAUCAAAAAUAUCAAGAGGAGUAUGAAACACUCUGUAAAGAGCAGGCUCUUUCUCUUGACUACUGGCUUGCCAAAGCAGAGUCUUAUUACAAUAAAAGAAUAGUGGAAAUGAUGAAAGAAGAGGAGACAGGCAAUGAAAUCAAGAAGAAAAUGGAGGGGAAAACAACCCAAAGCAUACAGGGACAAAAACAGUACUAUUUGCUACCCAAGAGAGAGAUGAAACACAUAGAAAGGCACAUACAUCAAACAGGCCAGGCCAGAGAAUUUAAGAACAAAACAUUUAGACAGAUACUACAACCCCCCACUGAAACAACAUCACCAAAAAUUAGGCCAGAAGACCCAGGCAUCCAGAAUGCACAGAGAAGAAAGCAGGGUUGCUGACGUCACUCCCCUUGUCUCAAGC